AAUGAAUCCCCGUUGCUCACUACACUCUUUCUUCCUUUAAUCCAAUCAACCCUCACCUUCACCUCCAUCACCACAUCCCCAUUCCCUUUUACUCACAGAACACAAUAUCUCCUUUCUUCCUUUUCAGUAGCUAUAACUGUUCUGCUGCGCCGCCGUCCUACGUUGCUCCUCUUCCUCCUUCCUUCAGACCUGGCUCAUUUACAACGACGAUCGAACACUCCGCCAGCCGCAUUUCACCAUGCACUCGGCACACUCCUCCCCUCGCCAUGAUCGACACGUAUCCCUACCACUAUAUCUACUCCUCCUCGCUCUCCUCAUAGGGCUUACCAACAGCGCAGACCCAAUUCCCAUUGCCAUAAAGCCUUCCACAACCAGCACCAUCAAAGCCCACUCUUCCACCACUUCUACCUCCCCAACACCUACUAUCUCCAUCCCUCCUCAAUGCCAAGACUGCUACAACUCCACCUCAACUCCUUCUCUCACCUGCUAUAAAAAUACCCAAUGCAUCCCUAUACAAUAUCUCUGUUCCACUCCGAUCUCCUCCUCGACUUCUACCUGCACAGACAUGGACGGUGACCAAGACCCCGACGACCCGAUCCCCUGCACCACAGAUUCACUGUGUACCUUGCAGAACUUCCUUCCCCUCCCUUCCCCAGGCUCCGGCAAGAUGAGCCGUAACUCCUCAACAGGUUGUCUCCUCGGUUCUUAUUACUCUCUCUUUGGGACCACUCCCAAGUAUACACAAUCUUGUGUAGAACCUUACCCCAGCGCACCGACCAAUUGUCAUCCGUGGGAGUACCUCGUCCAAAGUUCUUGCUUUCUCAGUACCUGUGGACCUGGGCUAGAUUGUGUACCGCCAUUCAUGUGCAGGAAAUUAUCUGAGAACGAGUUGUAUGGGAUCUGCACGAACCCAAAUGGGACAAGUGGCGGUAUGGGAUCGACGACAGGAGGAGGGGUGGAUGGAGGCGAUGGGACUGAACGAUAUACAGCCAAGGAGUAUUUGGUCCAGGGACUGCUGAUCGGGAUAUGUUGUCUGGCGCUUGGGGUUGGUUUAGGAGUUGGGUUCUGGCACUAUAAGCGAAAACGGUUUACGGCGCGAUGGUUACAUUCGGAGAGCGAGGAUCCCGGACAGCAACGAUAUGGGGUUCGACGUGGAGGAUCUUCGUCGGGACAGGAAUACAAGGGCUCAAGUGUGCUCUCGCGAAUCAUGCGCUGCGGUCGCACCGCCUCAGCACAUUCUUCGGCAGUGGAUAAUCAUUCUACCCAUCGCCACUACCAGCAGCAACAACAGCAGCAACAAGAUCAACAUCGAAACUCGGUCGCCGAAUCUGAGAGCCAUGAGGGCUCGAUCUUCAGCAGCUUACGUUCCUCACGCAGAGGAUCGAGCAUUUUGUUCGCUGGAUCACUAACACGCUGGCGAUGGGGUGCAGCUGCGAAUGCAAACAGUACACACAGCAUGCCAAGGGCUGUGGUCGCGAUGGGUGGGAUGACAAUUUUUCCAGAGAUGGAGCCGCCGCCCAUGUAUCACAAUGGCCCAGACCUGCCGACCUAUGGUGAUAAUAUCGAGGAGAUCGCGCUGCACCGCGUCCACAUGGAUCUGGAUCACCACCACGAUCAGCGACAAGCAGGACAGGUCCAGGGUGCUGUGAUGGAUAAUGACAUGGACAAUCUACCAAUGGAGAUGCCGCCGCUCAGUCUGGUUGAGAGUCCGUCGACGCUUGGACAGCACACGCGUAGAGCAGUAAUAGCAAGACAGGAGCAGGAUCUGAGCGAGGAAAUCGCUGAUGUGGACGAUAGCAACGUACUGUCGCCCACUUCAUCAUUCCAUGGCCACAACAGUGAUAGCAUACCGGACCAGAGAUUGGGUGUCGCUACGCCAGACGAGGCACACCUUCGGAAAACGGAGAAAUGAUCUAGGAAAACGACUUUUUAUUUUACUUGCAUAUCCCCUCAUUCGAAUCAUCAUAAUCCUCAUUUCAUUCAUCUUAUUGUAUAUUUCUUUUUGUUCUCCAUGUACCAUAUAUUCUUUUCUCUUAAUAACAAAACAAACAUAUCCCGCUCCAUAAAAAGUUUG